AAAAGGGGUUAUCCAUGACCUGCUCCCAAUAGUGGAUAGCCGAAACAUUGGGACAGACAGGAGCCCAGUGUCAGAAGACCUAGGGGGUGAGUGCGGUAUGUCCGUGGAUGAGCAGCCGGAGGACCCGAUGUACGUGUAUGAGUCGACGGUGCACUGUUCCAACCUCCUGCUGGGCCUGAACGAGCAGCGCGAGCGCGGCCUGCUCUGCGAUGUCACCGUGCAGGUGGAAGGCAAGCAGUUCCGCGCCCACCGUGCCGUACUGGCAGCCUGCAGUGGCUACUUCCUGCAGGGCCUGGUGGCACACGGAGACAACGAGCUGGUCUUCACCAUGCCCGAUGAGGUCACUGCCAGGGGCUUCGCUCCACUGUUGCAGUUCGCCUACACGGCCAAGUUGCUGCUCAGCCGUGAGAACAUUAAGGAAGUGAUCCACUGCGCCGACUUCCUGCGCAUGCACAACUUAGAAGACUCCUGCUUCCGCUUCCUGGAGGCGCAGCUACGAAGCGAGGAUGACAAGGCCCUGCUCUGCCAAACAAGGGCGCCAGAAAGCCACCACUCAGAAGAUGAGAGCAUGCAAGCCGAGGAGACAGCCGAGGAGACAGCCGAGGAGACAGCCGUGACGACGAACGCUCCGGCGGCCUGGGACGCUUCUCCGCGCUUCAGGCAUCAGCCAGAUCAUAUCGACGCAAUGCGGAGGCCGGACCACGAAAGGACUGGGGCCAGUUCUGACGUCCCAGAUGGCCACGUGGACCCGGAGGGACAGGUUACCUCAGACUUGCCACGCUGUCCCAAGUACAGGAAGUACCAGUGGGCUUGCACUAAGCACAACACCAACGAGAGCUCCUCACACACAAGUAGUACCUCAGGUUUUUCAAGCACACUGCUCAGUGGCCCAGCUGUCACCGAGAUCAAGCAGGAGCCACAGGAGGCCGAGGAUGAGCCCAUCUCGCUGCGCCUGUCAGGCCACGAACAUAACGGCGAGGACAAGAACAACGGCGUUAUUGACGUAGAGAGGGAUGUCGACGACCUGCACGGACCCUUCAAGCAUGGAAUCUCAGACUUGAACAACACUUCCCAGCAGCUUUUUUUCAGCAGACUGGCCUGUGUCCAGGGCAAAGGAAGUUCUCAGGAAGAGCACAAAAAGGACUACAGACCCUCGCAGGUUCCUGUGGCCUUUCCCAAAGAUGCUGACAGUUUCCCUACGGGACUGUCUCCAACAUCAGCGCCUUGCGAUGGCGUCUGUAAGCAGGAUAUAGAGUUGGACCGUCGUAGCGUCAUCUUCUCAUCGGGUGCCUGUGAGCAGUUACCCACACCUGCGCACUCUUACCCAGGUGGCAACUUACUUGAAAAGGAGCUUGUCAACCAUUCGCCCAAGGGAUUGUGGGUUAACAGCAGCCAGUCACUUCCAAGUUCUCAGAACUUCUCCUCCAGUGCAGCAGCAGAGGUCCCAGCGCUUCUUUGCCGGCAGAGGCCUAUCACCAGCUGUCCUGUGCCCAUCAAAGUGUGCCCACGGUCACCACCCUCUGAGACUCGCACCCGUACCUCAAGCUCUUGCUCCUCGUAUUCCUACGCCGAGGACGGUAGCGGCGGCUCGCCUUGCAGCCUACCCCAGUUUGAAUUCUCCUCAUCACCCUGUUCUAACAUGAACCCAUGUAUGCCGGCUGACCCACAGGAAUUGGGAACAGGCACCGAUGUGCUCUUCGGUUCAGCUAGACCCAAGAUUAAGUGUGAGCAAGCGUACGGGACUAACUCGAGCGACGAGUCUGGAUCCUUUUCAGAAGCGGACAGCGAGUCCUGUCACGUUCAGGAGCCAGGAUCAGAAAUCAAGCUUCCUUUCCCUGUCAAUCAAAUCACGAAUCUUCCACGCAACGACUUCCAAAUGAUGGUAAAGAUGCACAAGCUGUCGUCGGAGCAGCUCGAGUUCAUCCAUGAUGUGCGGCGACGCAGCAAAAACCGCAUCGCCGCUCAGCGCUGCCGAAAGAGGAAACUCGACUGCAUCUUAAACCUGGAGUGUGAGAUACGUAAACUGGUAUGUGUUGGUGAGAAGGAGAAGCUGCUAACCGAGAGGAACCAGCUGAAGGCCUGCAUGGGCGAGCUGUGGGAGAAUUUCUCCUGCUUGUCUCAGGAGGUUUGCCGGGACGUCCAGCUAAGCCCCGAGCAGGUCCAGUCUCUCCAUCACUACUGCCCCGUCCUACGUCCUGCGUCCGACUCCGCCUCCCCCGGCCAACAGUCCCUGCCCCCCGCCAGCAUCGACCUCACCACCCGCUCCGGAGCCGCGACCCCCGAACCUGAAUUCGUCAAGCCACCCGCCAUCAACGACAGCUACCUGGCACCGGCAUCGGGCCAGUGCCAUAUAGAAAACGGCGAAGAAGAGACCACGUCGGGUUCAGGGUACCAGGAACAGUCCAAUCAGACGGUGACUGUAGACUUCUGCCAGGAGAUGACUGACAAAUGUACCACUGACGAACAGCCGAGGAAGGACUGUACCUAG